CCAGCUAAACCUUGUAGAGCAAAAGAGAAACCCUGAUUCUUCUUCUUCACAUCGUCGCGAGCUCUGGUUCUCUGCUCUCAUCCGCUUCACAAAAUUGAUUUGCGAGUCGUUGUGUUCCAACUCUCAUUCUUUUGCACCUGGAUUUCUUCCAUUUUCAGAUAGAUGGUUCUAUGAAUGUUGCUGAGAAUCAGAUAUUAGUUAGGCCAUCUUGGACAUGGGAAUCCAGAAUAUUUUAUGGCAAGUGGCGAAGAAAUCAUUCACUGGAAGUAUUAUAGGGCUUACCAUUUCAGAUAGAUGUUGUAGCGUUGUUCCAGUGAGAGGAGAUUCCAUGUCUCCCACAUUUAAUCCCCAGCGGAAUUCUUAUUUAGAUGAUUAUGUACUUGUGGACAAAUUUUGCCUUAAGGAUUACAAGUUUGCGCGUGGUGAUGUUGUAGUGUUCAGCUCUCCGACACAUUUCGGAGAUAGAUACAUAAAGAGGAUAGUCGGGAUGCCUGGUGAAUGGAUAAGUAGUUCUCGGGAUGUGAUCAGAGUCCCAGAAGGUCAUUGUUGGGUAGAAGGAGAUAACAAAACUUCCAGCUUAGACUCAAGAUCCUUUGGCCCUAUUCCUUUGGGUUUAAUUCAAGGAAGGGUCACUCGUGUCAUGUGGCCUCCUCAAAGAAUAAGCAAGAUCGGUCGAUAAUGCUAAUGGAGAAUGAAAAGGUAUGUUCCUUCCUGUUCCAAAUGAAUACCCCCUUCCUCAAGAUUCUCUGUUAAGGAAUCUGCUUCAUACCAAAGAAUGGUUUAUCAGAAAGAUUGAAAGGUCGUUUUUCUUCUUCCCUUUUCAUACAAUGUAGGACGUCUCCAUGUUCCUCAAGAUCUCUAUGGGAAUUCUCAAAUUCACAUUUCUAUCCCAUUUUUUUUUUUUUAAAUAGAAAAAUAAACGACACUUAAAUACUCCGUUCUCAAAUCGGAACCAAAGUCACGUGUCAAUGAUACCAAUUAACACUCUU